UAUAUAUCUAAUGCCUUAUUCUCUCUCAUCCUCCUUUAGGGUAAGAACGGACACAGGAGAACGGAGAAGGACGCACGAGGACAGGCGAGCACUCCAGCCCCUAGAUCUCAACACCUCUCCACACAUGGGUCCCUCGAAAGGAGGCGGUGAACCUGUGGGAGGAGGAGGUGGAGGAGGAGGUAUAGGGUUAAUAGAAGGCAGGGAAACUGGAGGAGGGGGAGGUGUGGGAGGUGGCUGCACCCCCGGGCAGGACCUCCUCUCCUGGUGCCAGACGGUCACGCGAGGUUACCGCGGGGUCAAGAUCACCAACAUGACCACCUCCUGGAGAAAUGGCCUCGCCUUCUGCGCCAUCCUCCACCACUUCAGACCUGACCUCGUAGAUUAUGACAGCUUAUCUCCGCAAGAUGUCAAGGGUAACUGUAAGAAAGCUUUCGAAGCUGGCGAAAGGUUAGGGGUGACCCGCCUCAUCGAACCACAAGACAUGGUAAUUCUGACAGUGCCUGACAAGUUGGCUGUUAUGACGUACCUCUAUCAGCUCAGGGCACACUUUACAGGUCACGAGCUUGAAGUGGCGCAGAUUGGCGACACUGCGGCAGAAUCGUCGUAUACUGUAGGAAGACUAGAUGCAAGCUCCGGGGAAGACGACAUCCUCAACUUGAGAUCCCACGACGACAAUCGCAACUUGCAAAGAUUAUCCGCCCACCUGAGCACCCCCGUAGAUGUCAAAAUCGAUAAUAGAACGGUAUCUACAGAGGCAAGAAUACGAAGGCCCUCUGAAUCUAGUCAAAGUUCGCAAAAGUCAAGCAAAAGAAAAAGUGGUGAAUUUGGUUCUGAAAAGGAAGGUAAUGUUGUCACCACCCCCUCAGCUAAGGAGCGUAUUUUAGCAUCAUCUAAAUCCUUAACGUCAGAAAUAUUCAAAAUUGGCAAUAAAGUGCUCUCUCCAACUAGAGAAAAACUUGCCAAGACUGAAAAUCGGAAUUCUACAGCAUCUCUUAGUAGUAACAGCAGUAGUGGUGAUCGUCCAGCGUUAAUGACACGAAAACAGUUGGUGGAUCCUUUUGCUUCAGAUGAUGAGGAUGAACCAUCCUCUCCAGUCAAUUCUCAUGAGCAGCCACCAGUCAGUUCACAAGUUCAAGAAAAUGAAGACACUUAUAACCAAAAUAACAGAGUUCUUACAUCUUCAAGAUCUCCAGUCAUAUCACCUUUAGGAGAGACUGGGUCUGGAAACGGGACAAUCACCGGACCUCAGGAGGGGUCCCCAGUUGAUUCCCGGUUGGGAUCCAUUGUUCAGGAAGUCCCUGGACUCCUCGACCUUUCCCCCACCCGACGGGAUCAGGUGGUGAUGAGAGAGAGACAAAGUCCCCUUAAGAAGCUAAACCCUCCACCUUUGGAAGGCUUGAGAGGAAGUGGCAGUCGAUUACAGAAUCAAGUUCUGACCUCAAAGAAAAGAUCUGUCACAAGCCCAGUUAGCCCUCUUACGAAACCUGUUAACAGUGAAAGCAUUAAGGGCUCUUCAAGUCCCCGAACUGUCUAUAAAGUUGAUCCGAAAUGCCAAGUAGAUAGCCGAAGAGUAAUCACCCCCAUGAGGAGUGAAAGUCCUGAAGCAAGUGAUAUAACAUAUGCCCGAUUAGGUAAUAAAGAUUCUGUCUCAAGUCCCACUAGAUCCAAAGUCAGAUUAUUCUUGAAGGGAGAAUCCAAGAAAGCCUCUGUUUCACCUGAUUCAAAAGUCAGAAGUCUUGUUCUUCCAAAUCAGACCGAAAAUCAAGGAUCUUUAAAAUCUAAAAGCACUAAAUCUUUUUCCAACUUUAGAGAAAAAUUAAAGAAUAAUUCUCUUCCAAGAACCAAAUCCACAAAUACUAAAUCUGAUUCUAUAACAAAAUCACUUAGUAAGAAUAAUAAAGACAUGAAACUCAAAACAGUUGGUGUUAGUAGUAGAAAUUCUGUACCAAAGGAAACACAGCUGGUGAGCAAACAUGAAAAUCAGAAGCCUGUUUUAAAUUUAGCCUUCAGGUCUGAGCCAGCUAAAUCUAAGGUAGAUGUAAAGAAAUUUAAAGAUUUAACCAAAGGUAAAACAGAUGUACCCAAAACAAAAGACUUACCCAAAGAUAAAACAAGUGUACCUAAAACUAAUUUGAGCACAAAUAAUGCACUUGAUAAAGAUAAUGGCAAAAGUGUCAAAGGUUCCCUGGACCAGACCAUUGUUGACACAAAAACUGUUGGUAAGUUAGAAAAUGAUAGAGACACAGGAUUUUUUUCGUGUUCAUCAAUGGAAGAUAGCUACUUUUCAAAUGCCACUGGUGAUGAAGAUGAUAAAAAAGGUGAAAAUACUAGUCAGACAUUUGCAUGGGGAAACCAGUCUCAGACACUACCAAAGGAUUUUGUUAUGUCUCCAUGGGCAAAAUUUGAAGAUGUUGACUGGGGCACUAAGAAUGUAGUUGCAAGUGAUGAAAGAUGUGAUAACAACACUCAGGGUGCUUCCAUACAGUCAGAACCAGGAGAUUCAGAAAAGAAGAGCAACACUGAUGUUUUUCUAAAAACCAGAACAGAGGACACAACUAAAGAAGAAAUUGGUGAUGGUUUAGCGCAUCAAGUUACUAAUACAGAUUUGCAGCAUAGUAAUGCUAAUGUUAUGGAUAAAGGUCACAGGGGUGAUGAUUGUAAGAAUGAAGAUAACAGUAAAAUUGAAGAAUUCCAGAUUUCGAGUGGAGAAGAACCUAGAAGUGGUGACAUGAAACCUACAACUCCUUUCCCUGCCACCUUGAGACAGGUAGAAAAUUCAAAGGUAGAAAGUGAAGUUGGAGACUCCAUUGUAGGCACCCCUUCAGAAAAACUAAGAGAAGCCAUGAAGUCUUGGGUGUCAUUUGAUGAUCAGGGUUUACGGAAUUUUAGUAGCGAGUCUCAAGAGAGAGUUACUGAAAGCACCGUUCAACCUGAGAAGAGAGAAAAGCGAGCAAGUGGUAAAGAUUAUGAGAAUGUUUGGUUUGGACCAGUUAAGUUUGAAAAAAAUAAUGAGAACAUGCCAUUUGAUGAUGAAGAUUGUGAUGAAGAAUUUAAAGUCUAUGCUAGUGUAAGGCCAUUUGGAGAUGAUGGAGAUAAGUCAUCUGUUGGUUCGGAUGAAGAUUCCUUUGUGAAGAUUGUUGAAGAGUUUCUUGGCCAUGAGAAUAAUGCUGACAAUGAUAAACCUUCCCAAGAUUCUCUACCUUCUUUAGUUGAGAAAAAUGAACUUGUGAUAUUGGGUCCCGCAGAAGAUGUCAUGCAGAAACCAAUGAGGUUUGAUAGAAUAUUUAAACUAGACAUUGGCAAUCAUGAACUUUUUAACACUAGGUAUACAGAUGUCACACCUAGUGCUUUUCUGACUAAUAUCAUAACUAAACCAUUCUUGUUGGAUACUUAUUCAGUGAUUCCAGUUUUGAAGCAUAACUUUGAAUACGCUCUAUGUCGAUUUGAAAUUGAUUACAAAGGGAUUGCUUUCUUGAAUAAAGAUAUUAAAGUAUAUAUGUAUAGUCCCCCCUUGCAAGAUUUAUACGAAGAAUUCUUGCAAGAAUAUGCUAGUGAAUUACCUCAAGUAGAGUCUAAGUCAAUUUAUCCUCAGUAUAUUUUAGGUGCCAUAAAUGAAUGUUUAGAAGCAGAAAUUCUGGAACUAACAUUUUUACAAGAUUUCAGUGUUUCCAAGCUAACGCCUGUUUAUGGUUUUUACAAUAUUUCUGAAUCUGAAGGGUCUGCUGAUUUCCACAGAUGUGUGUUAACUGAAACAGAUAUCAGUAUAUGCACAACAGAAAUUUUGAUAUCUAUUCCUUUACCACCCUCAGAUUUUGUGGAUAAUUCUCUCCCCAAAAAUUUAACCCUUUCAUCCCAUUUAUUGAGUAAUAGGGAAGGUCCUGUGAAAAAGGGGAUUGAUUUAGAUGAAUGCCACAGUGCAGAUAAUACAUACAAAAGUUGUGAAAGCCUCAUAACUUCAUGUGAAAAAGAAGAAAAAAUUGUUACUGAUGAAAAUCUUUUAGUAGAUCAUAUGGAAGAUCUUUCUGUGAAUAACAACAGUUCUAAGAACAAAAUGGUAAAAGAUGUUGUAUUAUCUGAGAAUGGCCUAAAUGUGCUGCAUGCUUUAGAGAGAGUAGAAAGAUUCGAGUUGGAAUCUGUAGCCCAGGACAUGACAUCCCUGCCAGAACUAGACAAUGGUGUAACAUUUAUAGAACCACCAGAAAUUGCCAGUGAAAAACCAGCUGUUGAGCUAGAAUGUGGGAUUUUGCAGAGUUAUGAUGACAAGAAUACCAUUUUGAUUGGAGAGAAGACAAGUUUAAAUGAUCCUUGUUCAUUAGAUAUUCCACAGAUUCUGAUUCAUGCGCCUAGUGAUGAAUUUGUACCGGACAUUGAUAAGCCACUACAGACAGAGACUGAUAGAGCUGUUCAAGAAUGUGAAAAGAUCUAUGAACGUGGAAACUACUUAAACACUGCUGAAAGGGAUGAAGAUGAAUCUGAUUACACAAGUGAUAUGGAAGGUAUUCCUGUUUGUUCUUUGGCAGAAGAGGAAAUGCUCAGGGCACUAAUGUAUGCAUCUGCAGAAGAAGCAACGCAGGAAUUCAUUGAUGUAUUUGUAAUGAGUAAUAAGCAGUCCCAGCUGCCAGAACGAGUACAGGCAAAAGUUAAAAGAGUAGAAAAAGAACCCUUUAUUCAUGCUUUUGUUGAGGAGGAAGUGGUUUAUACUAUGCCUGACUUUUACAUGAAUGAAGAUAUGUACGUGAAUCAUGUUAAAGAAAGUAAUGAGGAUAAACAAGCCACUGUAUGUACUGCUAAUGAGAAUACCCAUGUGUGUGGUAGUGAAGCUAGCACACAGGUUUCAGAAAGUAUUCCUCUUGUUUUUACAGCAGCUGAAGAGGAGACUUUUUUACUAGCUCCAGAAUAUGAUAGCCGGCAAGAAUGCACUCUCCCUGAUGUGGUACUUGCUGUGCAAAGUGUUGAACCAUCGCAGCUGACUGUAGUGGAUCUCAGUAAACUUGAUAUUUUGGAAAGUAAUCCAGACCUUGAAGACAUUCCAAACCUUGAUUCAUUUGACUCUAUUCCAGACCUUGCCACAUCUGACUCCAAUAUUCAAGAGAAUAUUUCUGAGAGUAUAGAUGAUAAAAAUAACAAAGAUAUUACUGACCAGUUUGCUCUCAGUAAGACUUAUUCUACCUGUGGAUCCUCUGAGAAUGUUGUGGUUAAUUUUAGUGAUACUUAUUGCCCUGAUACUAUAUCAGAUAGAGAGAGAGGAAACCUGUCAGACAUAUUUUCUGAAGAAUUAUUAACUUCUGGUGAUAUGAUGGUUGACCAGGGCAAGACUUUAUAUAUGGAUUAUGGUACAGGUACCACUCAUGUACAUGAAUUUGAUAUAACAGAUGAUUCAUUUUGUCCAUCGAAACACAGAGUCAUGGAAUCUGGCAUUCCUUCUUAUUCAGCAUUCCUGAAAUCAACACCACCAUUAAGUGUAUCCUUGUUAUCUCAGGAUCUGUCUGCAGAUUGUGGUAGUUUUAAAGAUGCCAAAGAUGUUGAAUCAAUUGAUAAUUCUGCAGUUCUUCAGUAUUGGGCAAGUAUUAUGAAAGGUAGGAGGAAUUAUGGUAACAUUGGUGCCAUUGCUAAUUUUUCACUUUAUACUGAAGAUAAAGCUGUUGUAGAACCGGGGUCAGUGCCAAUACCAAAAUUGAAUUAUUCUAAGGAAGAGAAGGAAAUUUGCAAUAUGUUCAGAAAGGAAAAUGACAUAGAUGACAAGAUCUACUUUUUGAGUUGUUCACCAGAUUCUGCAUUUGAUGGAACAGAUUUUCUGCUUCCUAUGGAAGAGGAAGAGGAAGACUGGCUGAAAGACCUUGAAGAUGUUGAUGAAGAAGGCGAGGCUUUUGAUAGUGAGUUUGAGUUUGGUGAGAUGGAACUGGAGCUUGAGACAGAUUGUUCAGUGAUGGGGAAGUUGUCACCAAAAUUUCAUAGCAAGAGAUUAGAACACAAAAGAAGGUUAGAGGGGGAUGUGAGUAUGAUGCAGGAUGCAUGUUCUUUGAAAAAGUCAACUGAAAAAGAAGAACAGCAACUGAAACAGGACAUGUCCGUAGAAAGGGGAUGGUUGAUGGAUGGAAUAAGGCAUACAACUAAAGGACUUUAUAAUCUUUUCUUUUAUGGACAGACUCCAGGGGAUAAGAGAGCUGAGGCUAGUGCAGUGACUGAAGGUAUAGAUGUUGCAGAAUCUAAAGAUGUAACCUCAGAAAGCAGUCAUCAGGCAACUAUCAAAACAUUAAAAGACAGUGAUGGAAGUAAGGAAAUAAAUGUUCCAAAAUCGAUGACAAGUAGUGAACUUAUUAAUAUGACUGAAUCAGAUUUCAGUACAGCUUCCUGCUCUCACCUAGAAAAAGGUGCUAGACCAAAAACUCAACCGCCAUCAGAGUUGGUGUGCAUGCCUGCUACCUCACCAGAAAAUAUAUCAAAUUAUCAAUCUCAUUUUAUGGAGCCUUUAAGGCUUCCUGAAGUAAAUACUAGAAAUACAGAUACUGGGAAAGAGGAGUCAGCUGAGCAAGAUUAUGAGAACCUUCUCUGGGGGGAUUUGGAUCUUCAGGAAAGAGAGGAUAUCAGAAUGUUUGCACAAGUUGCAGAGAUUUCAGUUCUUGAAGAGCAAAAUAGAGAAGCACUCCGUCUUCUGCUGACCAAGCGCCCUUCAUCCAGACAUGAAGAACUGAAGGAACGAGCAAGGCACCUUUUGGAACAAGCGAGAAGAGAAGCAAUUCAGAACCAUCCUGCCCCACAGAGAUCUUUAUCAAAGGAAGAGGAAGAAAGACAAGCUCAAUUAAGAGAAAGAGCAAGAAGAUUGAUUGCGGAAGCAAAACAAGGGGUAGUUUCGCCUUCCACGCUACAAACCACUGCCCAUCCUCAUGUACGGGACCACGCACAUGAUGAUAGUGAUGAAAGAAAAGAUCAUCAUCCUGUACACAUCACAGAGGAAAAUGGAAACAUUAUCUCUUCAGCUAUUAGUGAUGACUCCAAAGUACCUAAUAGCAGUAGUAGUUCCAUAGGAGUAGUUAACACCUCAUUAGCACCAUCUGCCUUUACCACAACAUCACCUUCAGAAGUACAAUCAGCAGUAUCGUUAGCUUCGAGUCGAAAUGUAGGAGGGACUCCAGUAAGUUCUAGUGAAGGAGUUAGAGAAGUUAGAGCACCUAGAUUACAAUCAUUUAAAAACAUCAUGGAUAGAAUGUCUCCAGAAAAAGAAAAUUCAUCAAAUUCUCCCAGAGCUUCUCCGGACAAGCAAACCUGUGAGUCCAGUCGAUAUCUUCAGAAUGAGUUAGAGUCAUUGGAGAGAGAACAGCAACAAAUUGAUGAGCAAGCAGCCAAACUUGAGAAGAGAUUAAGAAAAGUUAUGGAACUCAGCACGAGAACGGAAGACGAGGAGAGACUUAUGCAGCAGUGGUUUACUCUUGUUAACAAAAAGAAUGCCCUCAUCAGACGGCAGAUGCAGCUCAAUAUUUUAGAGAAAGAAGAAAACCUGGAGAGACGCUUCGAGUUGUUGAAUAGAGAACUCCGCGCUAUUUUGGCCAUCGAGGAUUGGCAAAAGACGGAGGCACAAAAGCUGAGAGAAAAAUUGCUCCUGGAGGAACUGGUGACUAUAGUGAACAAGAGAGAUGAAUUAGUCAUUCAUCUGGACAACCAGGAAAGAGCCAUCGACGACGAUGAGCACAUCGAACAGAUUGUGUCUGGAGCGAGCACCAAGCCCCAGGAGAAGUGUCUCCUCAUGUAAGAGACGCAUAGGCGCCCCUACUCUAUUUGCACCCUUGAAGUACAAGGCGGUGCCACCUUGACCCUCCACAUCGCAGCCGUCCUGUCUUGGCCGCCAGCCCCCCACCCCCCAUCCUUGGAGUCAUGUGACCUCACCCCACCCCCCCCCCCCCCAACCCCCCCCCCC